UCCCAGAAGUCCGCCAAUUUUUUUGUUUUGUGCAAACGUGGUUUUGCUUCAACUUCAUUUCAGUUUAAAUUUUAUCGACUCCAGUAGAUAAUGUUGCGUUCAUCCUUUGUUGAGGAGACAGCGAACCCUUGGUCACCGUCCUCUACAUAUAUUAACGUCGGUUCGUUACAAAAUAUUCUAACUUUCGCUGAAAAGUCAGGUCACAUUGACAGGAGGAAUGUUAACAUGGAAGAAAUUAGGAGAAAAGUGGAUACAAGUUCUCCUUCAGUGGCCUUGAUAAGAUUACUGAGAGAAAUUACAAGACUGGGCAAAGCGUUAGACAAGGUAACGAUUUGUCAACGUUCGAGCAUUGCUGAUGCAGAUGAGGAAUGCGAUAUGGCGGCAGUCAGAGGCCUUUCAACAAGUGAUGCGAUGUUCAAAUCUGUGAUAAACAACAUGCUGAAAGAUUUUCCCCAUGUGGAGUGCCUUCAUGAAGAUCAGAGGGAUUGCAUAGAAAAUAUGGUCAAUGGAAGUAGGUGUCACCAGCUUGAACAAAUCUCUGGUCAGUUGUCUACCAUCAUUGAGAAAAAGGAUGAACUCAUCUCUAGAUUACAACAGCCCUUUGUAGGAGAAUUCUUGGAAAUAGAUGCAGCACAUCACAAGAAUACAGCAGAGAUUCUGCCCAUGAUUUCAUCAGACUUAGCUAGCUUUCCAACAGUGCUGGAGAACAUUGCUUGGAUAAGAAACUUCUCACUGGCAGAUGGCCAACUGGUAUGUGAAUUUAUAUCAUUUUUGAUGCUCCUUGAAAUGUGAUUGAAAAUCCUUUUGCAACUCUUCAUAGUCAUGCCCAUUCUGUUGAAAACCAAUUUGUGGAAUCUACUCACUGAAGUAUGUGUGUUAUUAUCAGUUAAUUUGUAGCAUCAUCAUUUUUGAUCCUGCAAUCUACUGGUAUUCAAUUAAUUAAGGAGAUGCAUUCUUUUUAUAUGAAAACUUAAACCAUCUCUAAAUGUGCAAACGGACUCGAUUCACGCAAAGGUAUUCACUUGAAGAACUUGUGACCCU